AUGGAUUCAAAUUCUAACUACCUUUUGCAGUUUACUUGGCUCUCCAGAGCCGAAUACUCAACCCAAGACUGUCGAGAAUUGGGUUUCAUCAAGAGCCAAUUGAUGUGCUCAUCCUGUGAUAACUUGGAUUUUGCUCUCCAGGAGCUCAAGGCAAUUUGCUUGGAAUGCUGUCAGAAAGACAAUGACUCACCUGUCAGCCGGAAGUAUCCAAAGGCUAUCCUAGAAGUGUGUACCUGCAAAUUUGGGGCUUAUCCUCAAAUUCAGGCCUUCGUGAAGAGUGAUCGUCCCUUGAAGUUCCCUAAUUUGCAAAUUAAGUAUGUUCGAGGAUUGGAUCCAACUGUGAAGCUCCUGGACAAAACAGGAGCCGUAAAGGAGACUCUGUCCAUUACAAAAUGGAAUACAGAUACUGUGCAGGAAUUCUUUGAGACCCAUCUGGAAAAUGAGGAAAAUACUGACGAUGAUGAGGAUUAUUUGAAAACAAAUCGUGUGUAGUAUUUAAAUUGAAAUUUUUUGAGAUAAAGAAAGAGAUUGAAAAC